AGAAGCUACUUAUACAGUCGAAGAAAAUAAAAGAAAAAAGAGAACAAAAAAAUAAGAAAAAAAAACCCUUUGAUCCUCUUUGCCUUUUGUGAAUUCAACGCCAUCGAAAAUCUGAAAAAUAAAAUGAAAACGAAACCCUGAUUUCCACCAGAUUGGAAAUCAUCCCCAAAUCCUCUUGAGAUUUCUUCAUUUGAUAUCCUGAUCGCCUCUGAAUCCAAAACCCCCAAUCGAAGAACGAGGAACAAUAUUAUUGUGAAGACUUUUAUAAUAUCAUUGUGGAGUUCUUUUAUGGCGGAGAGGGCUUGUGUCAAACGCCUUCAAAAGGAAUAUAGGUUGCUCUGUAAGGAACCAGUUUCCAAUAUUGUGGCCCGUCCUUCACCAAAUGAUAUCCUAGAGUGGCAUUAUGUACUGGAGGGAAGUCAAGGCACACCUUUUGCAGGUGGAUAUUACCAUGGAAAAAUUAAAUUCCCUCCUGAGUAUCCAUACAAACCUCCAAGCAUCAGCAUGAUCACCCCCAAUGGAAGGUUUGCCACCCAAAAGAGAAUAUGCCUAUCGAUGAGUGACUUUCAUCCAGAGACUUGGAAUCCGAUGUGGUCGGUUGCAAGCAUACUUACAGGGCUUCUUUCAUUCAUGAUGGAUAAUAGUCCAACCACUGGUAGCAUUUCAACUACUGUUGCUGAGAAACAACGGCUAGCACAGGCUUCUCUUGCAUACAAUUGCAAGAGUCCAAUCUUCAAGAAGAUGUUCCCAGAGUAUGUAGAGAAGUUCAACCAACAACAGGCUGCAGAACAGUCUAUUGUGGAGCGGUCCUUAUCACAGAAGGACAAUGGGACAUCCGCUGUUGCAACCCUUAGAAAUGCUCCGAAAAAAGAAGGCAAGGGUGGAGAAGAUGUGGCAUUUGAAGUGAGGAACAAAAGGCGGUCGAAGAAAUUCCCAUUUUGGCUGUUAUUGUUGUUGGCAUCGGUCUUCGGGUUUGUGAUGGCCUUGCCACUGCUCCAACUUUGACUCAUAUGAGGAAAUCCAUUUCUAGAAAUGUUGAGUUUCAUUGGAUCUGGUGAGUUGCUUAAGUGCUAGAAAAAGAAAAGCAUGCUUUGGGUAUGUGUAUAUUUUCAUGCAACUGACAGUAACUUGUAUAGGAGGUGGAGAUGGGGGGAGGUCAGUUGAAUUUUUUACUGUGAUCUCUUUUUUA